UGGAUCUAUCAAUCAGUUCGCAGCGAACCUUUCACACAAUGCGCACCAAGUUGGCACUUUGCCUCUGCCUGGCGCUCUGCGGAGCCCUGGCGCUGGCCCAGGUCCAGGACGAGCCUGUCGUCGAGCGGGACGAGCUGGAGAGCAGCGCGGAGCUGAACAGCAUCGAGGAGAACGACGCUGAGCACGACUCGACCCUGUGGAGGAAGCUGUUCGGCGUCGGCGACAGCAGCGGCAACCUGGUGGUCACCUUCCCAGGCGGCAGCAGCACCACCACCACCACUAAGAAGCCCAGGACCACGACAAAGAAGCCGCACGAGCACUAUCCCUCCCACUACCCUCCUCACUACCACUACACGCCGUACUAUCCACCGUACUAUCCACCUCCUCCGUACCAUGGCUACCCAUAUCCUGGCUGGGGACAUGGCGGACAUGGUCCUGGCGGACCUGGUGGACACGGCCCUGGCGGCCCCGGCGGUCAUGGAGGUCCUGGUCAUCAUCAUACCACCACCACUACCACAACGACAACAACGAAGAAACCCGACCAUCCUGACCACCCUCACUAUCCACACUACCCACCACCACACUACUAUCCCCCCUACCCUUACUACCCACCCCCCCCACCACCACCACCACGCCCACCACCAAGCCACGACUCUGACGAGAGCACCGAAGCACCCCCCAAGCUCUGCAAGAAGAUCAUUCCCUUCGGCGUCCUCUGCUUCUGAGCGCGCAGCGACUUUCCCCACGGAAUGACAGGCG